UCUGCAUCCGGCGUAGGUAUUUAUUCUUCGCGGUCCCAGUCCAUCUUCUGCUUCUUCACCUGAUACUAUUCUUUUCGCUAUUCUUGUGCAUACACUACUCCCCUGAAUAUUCAUACUAUUAAUACUUGAUACCCCAAUACCCAAUACCCAAUACCCAAUACCCAAUUUCACAGCCGUGCAGCUAUACACAUUCUGAUCCCAAUCCUAAUUUACAGCAGCGUCCUUCAUUCCGGUGAUACCCCAGCGACGCGGCCCUUUCCUCCCUUGGCUAUCAACAUUGAUUGACUCCUUCGCCCUUGUCUCCACGGGAAUUGCUUAUCAUCCCCGGGGUUUCAACUCUAUUGUCGUUGCGAUCGAUCGUCUUUUGUGUUUAUCUCUUCGCUUGAGCUUCUUGGCCAGACGCCAGUUCUCAGGCAACCAUUGGUCCUCUUCGGACUUCUAAUCCACACACGCUGCAUCGUCUAGCUGUCUAGCGCAGAAAAGCAUUCAUCAUGUCUUCCAAAGCCGCAGUUAACCACCCCAUGAACACAAAGCAGAAGGAGCAGGACAUCAACCAGAAGCUGCAGCUCUUUGGCAUCUACCAAGCAUUCAAGAAUGGAAAGCUUCCAUCGAACAAACAAUGCGAUGUUGCCCUGAACACCGCUCUCCGCCACAAGGCUCUCGCUUCUCCGUCGAAAGAGCUCUCCACUGAGGGACAAGGCCUCGUCCAAGAUCUUCGUGAUGUUAUCGACAACGCCAAGAAGCUCAUGUUGAGCAAGAAUAACGGCCAACUGCUCCAAGAGUUUCUCUGGGAGGCCCAGAAUAUCUCUGCAGAGAAUACCGAGAAGCCCGGGGUGCCCGUAACCAAGGAGUCGGCUCAGCAGGACGCUCAGGAGUCUGUCGAGGGGCUCAAGACCUUGGGAAGACUCCUGAUCACCAACGGAGAGUUCAGAAAGCUUCUCAAUGAUGCUAUGACCUUGGCCCGGGAUAUGGCUGGCGAUGCGACCCAGAAGGCUUCCGACCGUCUUAGACCAUCUCAAGACCAGCUCGCUCAGAUCGACGAGCCCGCCGAAGAGAACGUGUGGCAUGAGCAGCCAGACUUUUCGCAGCAGAAGGAACAGUUCAAGUCUCGCUUCAAGAAGAACAAAGAAGAAGGCAAGCAAGAUGUGACGGACACGGCGGCUCAGGCUGCAACGGGUGGCCAGCAGCCCCAGCGCGCCUCAGAUGUCGAUCCUCGUGCUGGUGCGACUGCAGGGGCGCAAAGAGCCCAGGAACUUGUGUCGGAAAAUGUUCCUGAGGAACAGAAGACUCAGGCUCGUGAGCUCCGUGAGCGCACCAAGGGCUAUCUGUCAGACAAGAUGCCACAAGAGCGCCGCGAACAAGCUAUCUGGCGGCUUAAGAAGAUGGUCAUUGAAAUCCAGGGACAUUCUGACUACCAACAGGCUAUCCGGACUUUGCUUUCUAUGGCUGAGAAAUAUGGCAGCCACACCCGAGACCUUUCCCAGCAGGGUACUGGAUCACUCCAGGGUUUCAGGAGCGGUGACAAGAUCCAGAGAAUGGAAACCAACUUGAGAACCCUCAUCGAACGCUUCGCGAACAGCACUUCUCUUGACAACCUCUUCGACUCGCUCGAGAACAUCUACCGCGAUGCUGACAGAGACCCUGAACUUAAGGGUUGGUUCCGCAACAUGGACACGUUCAUUAGAAAAACUCUAACUGAGCAGGGCUAUAUCAUGGAGGAUGACUGCACCCGCCAAUGGAACCAGUUGACUGACCAUGGCCGAUACCUGCUGCGUGACCGCUACAGGGACCACACGGAUCGCAUCUUAGAUGAGAUCAAGUUCAUUGGUGACCAAUUCAACCAGGAUCCUCAGAACCUGGCUUUCAGGAACUCCCUAGAGAAGCUGUUCGAGGACCUUGGUCGGGACUCAGAUGGCAAUGUGGCCUUCAAAAAGCAUCUUCUCAAGGAUGUCAGGGAUGUCAUCCUCCCGUCUGUCUUUGAGAACGUGCGUUACGUUCCCGUCCCACGUAUUGAGGUCUCUGACCCCACAGCUGAUGUGGUGGUGGAGAACCUUGUUAUUGAGAGUGACAACUUGAUGCCGAAUGUGGUGGAGUUCGGUAGCGACAACUACUUCCGCUGGGGACGCAAGAAGAUCAGCAGCAAGCGAGACAACAAGAUCAUGAUCUCAGUGUCUGGAAUCCAAGCUGAUCUCAGAGAUGUGAGCUACUACAUCAACAGAAAACAGGGCUUCCCGGCGAUCACCGACACGGGUAUCAUGGACAUUUUCCUGGGUGGUGAAGGCUUCGGGUUCAAGAUCGCGGCCUCCACUGCUCAGAAGGAGGAUAGCCAGCACUACAUCAAGCUAGAUAAGGUGUCCGUCAAGAUCGACUCUUUCAACGUGAAGCUGAAGAAGUCGAAGCACAAGGCUCUCUUCACCAUCUUCAAGCCUCUGCUGUUCCGUGUCGUCCGCCCGACUCUGCAGAAGGUCAUUGAGCAGCAGAUCCGGGACGCCUUCGCGAAGGGUGACGGUCUUGCAUACGAGAUCCAAUCCCGGGUCAACGAGGCUAAGGAAGCCAGCCGCCAGGACCCUGCCAACGCCCCCAACAUCUACUCGCGGUACUUGGACGCCUUCCGUGCCCGCGGCGAAGAAAAGGCACGCAAGGCCCAGUCCCAGGCCCAGGCUGCUGCACAGCGCGGUACCAAGGUGCAGACCGCUACUACUCUUCACGACUCCAUCUUCCCCGACAUCAAGCUUCCUGGUGGUAUUUCGAGCAAGGCUACGGAGUACAAGGAGUUGGCCAUGAAGGGCGAACGCUGGGAGUCCCCGAUCUUCAGCAUCGGCAGUGCUUCUGAGUCCACCGACAUCCCCAAGCCGGGCAGCAUCUCCCGCAAGCGCACUUCUCCUCUUGAGAAGGGACCAAGCACUGGGGCAGCCACUACCGGAUCCACGGCUCUUGCUGACGGCAAGCCGACCACUGGAGGCGUGGCAGCUCUUGAUGGCCGGGCGGUCAACGGCUCUCAUGCUCUCGGAACCAACGGCUACAGCAAUGGCCACACUAACGGCCACACUAACGGCCACACUAACGGCCACACUAAUGGCCACACUAAUGGGUACACUGCCGGGCCCUACGGCUAUGCCAACGGCCACUCCAAGCCCUACGACCAUGUGGCGGCCUCUCGCGGUUUCUCCGACGAGGUAAACCAGGCGUUCGGCCACGGCAACGCUAACGUUACUGCUGCCGGUCGUCCCACUGUCCCCGGUGCCCAGACCGCAUUCAACCCUCAGACCGCAUAAGCCAAGUCUGAUCAAUUGAACCAAAGGUCGAAUAGCAAUGACUGUCGAUAGGUUCCAGAAAACAAGAUAACGAAUUCCGUUUCACUGUGCCGAUCAGCUAUUUCUUAUCUCCUAUCUGUGUUUAUUGAUACCGAGGUCUGUUCUUAGUACUGUUUACUGGUUUUUGUUUUGAUACGUCACUCUCUUUGACUUCCCUUUCUCACGUGUAUUAUGGUUGCUUUUGUUGGUUGAUUCCCUGCCAUGGUUUCUAUCUAUGUUGUGAGAUAUCUCAGCAGUUAAUGAUUAAUCCAUUGUAUCUGAUGUCAGC